AAUUCACAUUCGAGUGUUGCUUCUGCCUGAAUAUAGCUCUACAUCUGCCGUUUCCUUGAGACUGCUCAACCUGAAGCUCUAUAACUCGAGCACGGAUCAUCAUUUCAAUGUCGAAGAACGAGAGCUCCAGUAGCUCUACUUCGGAUUCCACUAGUGAGUCCGAGAAAGCACAACCGGUUGCUAGUGCAGUGCAAGCUGAGAAGAAAUUGGUGGAUGUGUCAAAACUAAAACCUGAAUCAUCUUCAUCCGAAGAAUCUGCAUCUGAAGAGUCCGAAGAUUCGAAGAAUGAUGCUACCGAGGAGUUACCGCGGUCUUCAGGAGCAGCCAAAGUGAAUAAGACGGUGGAAGCGGAUGUGAUUCAAAAGCCUGUAAAAGUCGGGAAGGUUGAUGGGAAACGAGUAACAUUCACCGACCCACCAGUCGUUGAAUUGCAUAAUUCUGUACAUAAAGGACACGCUUCAGUCGGAGACAAGAGUCUGUCGGGACGUAAAGAAGACUUGACGGCUGCUUCGAGCGAAAAGAAACGAGCCGCUUCCGCACCUGAGAUUGCGGCUGCAAAUCUCAAGAGGGCACGUAAAUCUUCGGCGAGUGCUUUCAGGAGUCCAUGUACACCUCACAUCUGGCUCCCUUCCGAAGAGAUCCUUCUCGCGAAGGCAUUGCAGAGAGCAUCAGAGUUUGGUUCUAAAUUUCCGAAGGAGAAAGGCAGUAAGUAUUGGCAGUCAAUGAUGGAGAUUUUGGACAUUUCUGACCCUCCUCUAUCUCUGUCUCAGUUUCACCAGAAGAUUCGGCGCAUGAAAUCAAAGUAUCUUAGUUUGCGAGGAAGGGCCAGUUCUUUCUCGACCGCAUGGAAGGAAUCACAUGAAGGUCAACUCUUCAAGCUGUGGGAUAGAAGCUGGGGUAAAGGAUCCGUCAACUCAAUCUGCACUGACAAAGAUUUUGAAGAUGAGUACGACGAUGAUGUACAUACGACGCAAUCUGCACACCUUCGAUCAUCUGACUCAGAGGAAGAUGACAAAGUCUUAGCUGAAGUGAAGUCUGCCAGACCGAAGAUCACCAUAUAUCCGCGAUCGGUGAGAAGUGAUCAGCAAUUUGUGAUACACUUUGACGGUUCGUCGUUGUUGAACCCAACCCGAGCUCCUGUGGAUUGCUCUAAAGUGCUGCCUGAACAUAAAGAUACGCCUCCUGAACUCAGAAGAUCUUUGCUUCAGAUUAGGAAAAAAUGCUGUGAUCUGUAUUGCGAAGAGAUGUCCACUACGGAGAACAUCCUGAAGUCGAUUGUACAACGGUGUGAGUUAGAGAGAAGACGGAGUUUGCUAAAUUAUGAGAUUGAGGAGUUUUAUGCUCGCUUUCCUGUGAGGUCACUUUAGCGAGUCCUGUAAAUAUGUGCAUCCGGAAAAUUUUGUUUACUUAUGCUGGAUCGAUUUACCCUCCAGGCUCUUGAUGUCUACUCGGUUUGUCCAUUGUUAUUCUUGCUCUGUAAACCAAGACUAUUAUUCGAGAUCAUUGAUUCUGGAUUCAGGGUCCGACAACACCAUGUCCUGUCGUUGACCAUGAGAUCAUAUGUGCGAGAUUUACAUGUCUAUGUAAAUCUCUUUCGUCUGCUUAAAGACUUUAGAAGCUGUUGAUUCGCAUCUUUUGUGAGCGGAUGAACAUUAGUGCCAUAGUAUCUAACGUUCGCGGUAUUGUGCUCAAUUAUUUCAAGAAGUUCAGUGGCACAGUGCACAGUAUUUGAGCACUUCUUCGAGCGCACUUGAGAUACACUGUGACUCUGCAACUCGCAUAUUGUUGCAAAGCAUAUCCUGAUGUCUAAGGCUACCGACCUGACUGUCGACGUUGCUUACUGCUCUGAGGGGCUUGCAAAACUUGGCAAGAUGAUUUCGAAGCUUCAAACUGGAACUCUAGAUUCCACAGUCAUAUUAUAUCAUUAAAGUUAUUCUGUUUCCAUCCGGCAUGAGAAGAUUUAGAUGAAUGAAACUGGAGAUUUAGUGGAUGACCUUCGCCUAUGGGCUUGAACUACAGGAGAAAAAUCCGCAGAGGUUGUCAUGACUUAUGACCUCUGUUGUUAUGACCUCAUGUUGUCAUGACUUAUGACCUUAUGCCUUCGU